GCCCACUCCCGCUGUCUGCAGCUAGGGGUACUUGUGAAACGCCGUCGAAGAAUGAAUCAGAACCUUAGGUAACCAGUCGACGAUCCACCUCACUCGCAUCUUAUCCUUCACGUUAUUACCAACAAGGUUCGCAUCGGCUUAAGCGACGACUUGACUUCAACGAGAAACGCCCGUCACGUCUACACCCUUUAAAAAGCACCGCUGUUUAAAAUGACCGAAACGGAUACCAGGAACCACAACCCCAGCAAGCAACAGAAUGGGGAUGCGGCGACGGAAUUAUCGACCGUUGAAGAUGUAUUUGAUGACACAUAUCGGGAAAAAGAGGGUCCUAAACCGCCGACGAGACUCGUCUGGAGAAACAUCAUAUUGAUGUUGCUUUUACACUCCGGAGGGCUUUAUGGACUGAUGCUCAUCCCUUCCGCAUCAGUUUUAACCCUUGCAUGGACUGUAGUGUGCUUUGUUAUCAGUGCUCUCGGUGUGACUGCCGGGGCCCACCGGCUAUGGAGCCAUCGGACCUACAAAGCAUCCUUCCCCCUGAGAGUUUUCCUGGCUCUGGCUAACUCCAUGGCAUUCCAGAAUGACAUCUACGAAUGGGCGAGGGACCAUCGCACCCACCACAAGUACUCGGAGACGGACGCCGACCCCCACAAUGCCCUGAGGGGUUUCUUCUUCUCCCACAUCGGCUGGCUGCUCGUCCGCAAGCACCCCGACGUCCUGGAGAAGGGGCGCAAGCUGGAGCUGUCGGACCUGAGGGCGGACGCGGUGGUCAUGUUCCAAAGACGGCACUACAAGUUGGCCGUGCUGCUGCUCUGCUUCCUGAUGCCCAUGCUAGUACCCUGGUACCUGUGGGGCGAGUCCCUGACAGUGGGCUACUUCGUGCCCGGCCUCAUGCGCUACGCCUUGGUGCUCAAUGCUACCUGGCUGGUUAACAGUGCUGCACACAUGUGGGGCAACCGGCCAUACGACCAGGGCAUCAACCCCCGGGAGAACCGCUUCGUGGCAUUCAGCGCAGUGGGGGAGGGCUUCCACAACUACCAUCACACUUUCCCCUUCGACUAUGCCACCAGCGAGUUUGGCAACAGGCUGAACCUGACCACUGUCUUUAUAGACCUCAUGUGUUCCCUUGGCCUGGCCUCAGACUGCAAGAAGGUAUCACAGGAAACGAUCCGCGCUCGUAGACAGCGCACUGGUGACGCCAGCAACAAGAGUGGCUGAGGAGCGAUCAGGUCAGGGGGGAGGAGACUCGCAGUAACAGAUACCAACUUUGUCCUACCCGAGAGCAAGCUUGGCAAGACCAUUCUGGCCAGCCUUUUGGUGGGACAAUUGUGGUAGAAGUUAUUGUAAUUAGUUAAAUUACAAUGACAAACAAAAAAUUAUCAUGGUUCUUAUGUCUACUUCUGUUAAUGAGUUUGGAAAAAAAUAUUCAUAAGUUCUUGAGAGUAAUAUUGGCUUUAAAUGGUCCUAUACCUUUUCUGUAAGCUUGUUUUUAUUAUUUAAUUUUAUUUUGUAUUAUGCAGUGACAUGUCUAGACUGUUGGUCGGAGAUGGUUAACUGGGCUGGGCUUGUAAGCACAGCUACUUUUUGGUUCUUUAUUAUAAUUUUAUUUUUACCAGCCAUGAUACAAGGAAGGUAUCCGGAGAUUCGACAGCAGACUGGAAUUAAAGUGGCUUAUUAUUUUGAGGAUAAUAUGCCAACCGCUCGGUGUGUGUGUGUGUGUGUGUGUGUGUGUGUGUGUGUGUGUGUGUGUGUGUGUGUGUGUGUGUAUGACCUCCAGGGUCAAAGCAGUGAUUAGAGAACAUUAACCACCUAUUUUUCCAUGUGCUAUUUAUUAAUAUUCGGUGGCACUCUGAAAAUAAGUAAAUGGUGACGAUAAUUUAUUCAAGGGGAAGUUGUGUCACGCUACGACAAGAAGGAGGCUAGAUUUGUUCCCAUUUGUCUAGUCUGAGGUUUUUGCUCUCACUUGUCGAGGGCAAACGGUAAGUUUGAUAGUUCUGGGGGCUUGGUUUUUUGGUCGGUUUGGUAAAAAAACAACGCUUUUCUUAAACUACGAACUGCUGUGCAUCGCAACUCCAAACCCUGGUAGAUGUAGUGUGCCGUUGCAACUGUCCUUUUUCCAUCCUUCUCAAGUGCGAGUGUGUGUGUUUGUCUGAGUGUGUGUGUGUGUGUGUUUGUCUGAGUGUGUGUGUGUGGGUGAUUGUGUGUGUGUGUUGAUAUUUUACACGCUAGUUGUCCUGCCCGAGGUGCUCUUAAAGAAGAUGAUCUCCACAUUCAUAAGAUGAAGUUCUUUCCAUCAUACAUUUCGAUACACUUGUGUAUACAAAUAUUUAUACCUCUGGUUGGUAAGGGGGUUUAUAUAUAAAUAUAUAUAUAUUAUUUUUGGAUUUCAAUACCUUUUAGCUCCCGCAUUCUUGACCGAAGCAUCGAGGUGCACUUGUCUCUCUUGGAUGGAAAGAGGAGUUGUUUCUUUAGCUUGUAGCUUGUGUCCUCGAUUAGCUGGGGAGUACAGAUCGUUCUGCUUGUUACUUUUCUUCAGUGAAGGCUGUUGUGGUUCAGUAACUAGAAGCUACAUGUGUUGGAAAAAUAUGUUUGGGUCCGAAUUUGGACUCCAAUGCCUUAUCGGUAAUGUUCUGCACAUGUGGUGCAUGUAGUAAAAGAGAAUAAAUUAAAUAUAUGGAGUUACUAAUCGGGUCUCUAAAUUUGCCUACCAAUGUGUUGUUUGCACAAAUAUGGCCCAGAUGUUUAAUAUUUGUCACAUUUGAGCUUUUUUCAAUGUAGU